UUCCUCUCCCAGUAGCAAAGACCAGUUGCAGUGGGAGGUAUUUAUAUUAUUCACACAAAACCUCCUGAUGCAUUUCCGAACUGCAUGAAAUACUAACUGAAACUUAGAUAUUUUAGUACUGUGGCUCUCACCAGGUGGAAAGAAAGCACUGCAGGGAAAGAAUAUUUGCUUUGUGUGCUGUGUGGGGAAAUGAGAGUGUUCAGCAAGGAAGAUGACAACAGACACUGAGGAAACUGCAGUCCCAAGGAUUACGGCCUUUAAAAGUAUGGCUGUGUUUGAAGCUGGUCAUUAAUGACAGAUCCCAGACACACCUGUCUGUGUCCCAUCAUUAAGAGCCAUUACAGAAUCAUAACUCAGGUUGGGAGACAAAUCAGAAGAUCACCUGAUCCAAACCCCUGCUCAGACGAGGGCCAGCUGGGAGCUGCAUCAGGCUGCACAGGGCUGUGUCUGGACAGGUGUGAACACCCCCAAGGAUGGAGACUCUAUAACUUCCCUGAACAUCUGGUCCAGUGUUUGACCAUCUCCAUGCAACACUCACAUCCAGGCUGCAUAAAUCCUUCAACAGCAUUCUUUGCUCACAGCCGUUUGAUGCGGUUCCAGAAGCUUCAAACACAGGAGGCAUCCAAACUGCUGGAAUUUGAAAAGGCUGAAACUCCACCAUUGCAGGAGCCCCAUAUGGCAGCGGGGUGGCCUGGCAGUGCCUUGCAGGACCAAAGAUGCACACACACCGAGUCCUUCUUCUCUCCUGCUGUGCAAUGUAGCAGCACUCAGAGUGUCUUUCCUAGGGGCUGGGACUGCUGGAGAGCCCAGCAGGGUGGUGGCAGGGUGCUGCAGGCAGUGCUGAUGAAGCCAUCACCCAGUGAGCACUGGAAGCACAGUGAGACCAACUGUCUGUCGGUUGGAGGGCAGCUGCUGGAAGGAAUGACAGCGAUAUGUGUGCCCUGGCUCUGGUGAAACAAGUGGUAAUGUGGAACCAAGGCCUCUGCUUACUGGUCUGUACUAACGGGUUCAGCUGCAAGAAGAAGGUGGAGAAGGUGAAGGUGACAGCAGAGACUCUUGACUCCUAGAGCAGGGUCACAUUGGCACUGUUGUACCCAUGAGACUCUCUCCUCAGGUGGUGUCUUGUCAUUUCCGUGGGUUUUGUUGUAGUUUGGGAGUUGGUUUGUAAUGUCACCAAUCCCAUCAGUUUGGUACUCCAGUGACUGUGAACAGGCUCUGUCUACCCAUAAGCUGCAGCCAAGAAAUGGAUGGAUGGAUGGAUGGAUGGAUGGAUGGAUGGAUGGAUGGAUGGAUGGAUGGAGAGGUCAAGGCCAGCAGAGGAGGCAGGCAGCCUAGUGACCAUGAACACCUUUCCUGGACAGCAAAUGAUACUUCUGCACAACAUUGGUCAUCUCCUCCUGCAGCAGGAGGUCCUGAGGAGUCCUACUUGACAGGCGAACGGGUGGCCAGAAGCUCCAGAAUCAGUGCCAUCACCUCUUUCCAAGCCCUAGGCUGGUUACAGUACACCAGUGCCCCCACAAGCCAGGGAUUUCUCUCUGAUGGCUGUGCAAAUGAAAAGCUGGGCUGAAUUUGGGCGCAAAGCUGUUAGUGGCUACAAUAACUAAUUGGUGUUUCAGUGCCGGGUUAAAUCAGUAAGUGCCUGUUGUCCCUCCUGCCAGGGGCAGCAUCUGCUCACAGCUCCCAGGACAGGCCCAGUUGUCUUCUGCCUGUCCAGAACUCAUUUUUCUUCAGCCUUUGGCUUUCUCCUUGGCUUGGUCCCCUUUGACUUCAGAAUAUGGCUCACAGUUUUGAGUUUGUACUAAGUCAAACUGACUGGAUGCUGGAUGAGGAUACUUUCUGAACAGAGUGACUUAGUUUUCUAUAAAAGGGCUUUUGUAGAAAAUGCUGAUGUGUCAAAGAAAACUUUUUUUCCCCAUAGGAAUGUAUUUUGAUUUGAAUAAAACUGUCAAAAGGAAUCAAUUCCUGAAGCCCAGAAGAAAAAAGGCAGACCCUUCCCAAGAUGUGGAGAAAUCAAGGAUGAGUAUGAAGAGUGUCUUGGAUUGUCUUUCUUCAUCCUUCGUUCCUGCAUGGCGGAAUUGGUGGAAGAGUGUGAGGUUUGCUACUGCCCCUGCUGAACUGUGGUGUGGACAGACUUUGUCUUCCCCAGCUAGCAUUCUGUCACCUUUCAAGAGAAUAAAAUCCAUUUUAACAACAAAAUUCCCAAGUAAGAAACCUCAAAUAAUUAGAGGAAACCACUACAGAGGUAUACAAUAUCCAGUUGAAGACCUUGCUGAAAACUGAACAGAUUAUGCUUGUUAUAUGUGGUUAAACUGGGCCAUUAAUGUUAAAACUGUUCAAAACACAAAAUAAAUUC